CCGAUGAUGUACGCGACCGUUCGUACGUAGAGUAAUUGUGGAAGGUUGUUGAUUACUAGAUGCCAGCGCAACACAUGUGGUCGCAAUGUACUACACUAUAAGUAUAUUUUUUCGUGUUCUAUACCGGUAAAGAAACGGCGCACUGACGUGCAUUGGAAAACACUGCUAGGGUCACAACUGCACAUGCAAUUAGUCAAUGAUAUAGUCGGUCAAGCAUCGUUUUCGCUCCUCGUUGAUCUGUACUCUGGUGUUCCCGCUCCUUGGUGCUCGUCUGUGCCACGCCUCCCUUUGCGCAAUCACAGACACGGGACGCUCUGUGGCUCGUUGCUAGGUUCUUGGAAUACGAAUGAUCGUGUGGGAGACCGAGAUGAGGCCUGUUUGAUAAAGAGUGAGACCGAUCCAGACUGUGUAUGAUCGUC